AUGCCGACAACCACUCUCUCUGGGCAGGUAUUUAGCGGCUCGCAGUUUGAGUCUCUGCUGAAGAGGCGUUUCUUCUACACCGAGUCAUUCGAGAUCUACCGCACUGCACCCAAUUACAUGGGCGAUAAUCGGGGUCUCUUCGACUAUGGUCCCCCAGGAUGUGCGCUUCUAGCCAAUAUUAUCAACGAGUGGCGGCAACACUUCGUUAUUGAAGAGAACAUGCUUGAGCUCGACUGCACGGCUAUUACACCCGAGGCUGUGCUGAAGACCAGCGGGCAUGCCGAAAGAUUUGCCGGCUGGAUGUGUAGAGACCCAGUCAAGGGUGAAUUUCUCCGAGCAGAUCAUCUCCUCGAAACCGUCUUGGAGACUCGCAUUGCCAAUGCUAAAUUAGCCUCGGCCGACAGCAAGAUCAAAACAGAGAAACCUGAUGAGUCUACCAUCCAGCACUACGAAGAAAUUCUAGCGAAGCUGGACAACUAUGAUGGACCUGAACCCGGAAAGCUUAUCGCAGAUCUCGACAUCAGAAACCCAAAUGGAAAUGGACAGGUCGAGGAGCCGACGGCGUUUAACCUUAUGUUUAAAUCGACAAUUGGUCCCAGUUCGGCAGCACCCGUUUUCUUUAGACCUGAAACAGCACAAGGACAGUUUCUCAAUUUUCGCAAACUGCUAGACUACUGCCAGGGUUCUAUGCCUUUCGCAUCAGCCUGCAUCGUGCCGUGA